CUCAGCGGGCUCCCGGGGAAAAGCAACAGCGUCCGGUCUGGGGCCGCGCGGCCUGGCCAGACCCGGGGCCGGCGCGCCCUCUCCUCGAGCAUCAGGAGCUGGGAGUGAAGAUGGCAGUGCCGCCCGCCACAGAGCCCGCCACAGAGCCUGCCCCUUCCCCUUUCCUGCCCUGCCUCCACCUCACCUGCUGUCUGCUGUGUCCCCAGGAUCUCGAGAGAUCAAGACCAUGGACACGCUCACCAGAAACCAGGUGGGCCCUGGAUGCAAGACCCCAGCAAUGGUGCAGAAAGGCCCCUUGGACCUGAUUGAGACGGGCAAAGGGCUGAAGGUGCAGACGGACAAGCCCCACCUAGUGAGCCUGGGCAGCGGGCGGCUCAGCACAGCGAUCACCCUGGUGCCGCUGGAGGAAGGGAGAACGGUGAUUGGCUCUGCGGCCAAGGACAUUGCCCUGCAGGGGCCGGGCCUGGCUCCCGAGCACUGCUACAUAGAGAACCUGCGGGGCACCCUCACCCUCUACCCGUGCGGCAAUGCCUGUGCCAUUGACGGGCUCCCUGUCCGGCAGCCCACCCGGCUCACUCAGGGCUGCAUGUUGUGCCUGGGCCAGUCCACCUUCCUCCGGUUCAACCACCCCGCUGAAGCCAAGUGGAUGAAAAGCAUGAUCCCGGCAGGGGGCCGGGCCCCGGGCCCCCCCUACAGCCCCGACCCAGAGUCAGAAAGCCUAGUGAACGGGAACCACCCCCCGCAGCCUGCAGCCGAGGGCCCCGCGGCCUACGCCAGCCACAGCUCCCUGGUGAGCUCGAUUGAGAAGGACCUGCAGGAGAUCAUGGACUCCCUGGUGCUCGAGGACCCCGGCACCGGCGGCAAGAAGCCUGCUGCCACGUCCACACUGUCACCGAUGGCUAACGGGGGUCGCUACCUGCUGUCGCCCCCGACCAGCCCCGGCGCCAUGUCCGUGGGCUCCAGCUACGAGAACACCUCCCCGGCUUUCUCUCCACUCUCCUCACCAGCCAGCAGCGGGAGCUGUGCCAGCCACUCGCCCAGUGGGCAGGAGCCAGCCCCUCCUGUGCCCCCGCUUGUGCCUGUGCGCUCUUCCAGUUACCAUCUGGCCUUGCAGCCCCCACAGUCCCGGCCCAGUGGGACCCGCCCCUCUGAGAGCCCCCGGCUGGGCAGGAAGGCGGGGCAUGAGCGGCCCCCCAGCCCCGGCCUCCGGGGUCUGCUGCCAGCCAGCCCCACUGCUCCUGUCCUGGCGGAGGCCCACAGAGCCACCGAGAGCCCCUGGCUGGGUGGGCAGCUGCCCGUGGUGGCCAUCAGCCUGAGUGAAUACCCAACUUCUGGUGCCCACAGCCAACCCACCAGCGUUCCUGGCAGUCCCAAGUUCCAGCCUCCAGUCCCUGCACCCCGAAACAAGAUGGGUGUGCUCCAGGAUCGCCCCCCCAGCCCUCUCCGAGAGCUGCCGGGCCCCGAGCGCGGGUUGGCAAGCAGCCCCUCACGCCAGUCGCUGGGCCGAACGUUCUCGGACGGGCCAACCCCCCGCACCCUGCAGCCCUCUGAGAGCCCCCGCCUGGGCCGCCGGGGCCUGGACAGCCUGCGGGAGCUCCCUCCCCUGAGCCCGGCUCUGUCCCGACGGGCUCUGUCCCCCCUGCCCUCCCGGUCCACCCCAGACCCCAAGCUGACCAGGGACGUGGCAGAGAGCCCCCGGCCCCGGCGCUGGGCAGCCCACGGCACUUCGCCAGAGGACUUCUCACUGACACUGGGGGCGCGGGGCCGUAGGACACGGAGCCCCUCGCCCACCCUCGGGGAGUCCCUGGCACCCCGCAAGGGCAGCUUCAGUGGCCGGCUGAGCCCCGCCUACAGCUUGGGCUCCUUGCCGGGGGCUGUGACCCGACAGAGCCCCCGUGCCCGGAGGAAGCUCUCCAGCGGGGACUUGCAGGUGCUGGUCACCCGGGAGCGGAAAAACAGCAUCACCGAGAUCAGCGACAAUGAGGACGACCUGCUGGAGUACCACCGGCGGCAGCGCCAGGAGCGGCUCCGGGAGCAGGAGAUGGAGAGGCUGGAGCGGCAGCGCCUGGAGACCAUCCUGAACCUGUGUGCGGAGUACAGCCGGGCCGAUGGGGGGCCUGAGGCCGGGGAGCUGCCCAGCAUCGGGGAGGCCGCUGCUGCUUUGGCACUGGCCGGCCGGAGGCCCUCGCGAGGCUUUCCAGGGGCCAUUGGGGCCUCCGGGCGGAGCAGCGAGGAGCCUGGAGGUGCCCCUGCGCGGCUGUGGGAGACCAUAGACCGCACGGAGGAGGAGAACCUCAAGGAGGAGUGCAGCAGCACCGAGAGCACCCAGCAGGAGCAGGAGGACGCGCCCAGCGCCAGGCUGCAGGGCGAGGUGCUGGCCCUGGAGGAGGAGCGGGCGCAGGUGCUCGGGCGCGUGGAGCAGCUCAAGGUCCACGUGAAGGAGCUGGAGCAGCAGCUGCAGGAGUCGGCCCGCGAGGCCGAGAUGGAGCGGGCGCUGCUGCAGGGCGAGAGGGAGGCCGAGCGGGCGCUGCUGCAGCAGGAGCAGAGGGCGGCGGACCAGCUGCAGGAGAAGCUGCUGGCCUUGGAGACGGGCGUCCAGAAGGAGAGGGACAAGGAGAGGGCGGAGCUGGCCGCGGGACGCCGGCACCUGGAGGCCCGCCAGGCGCUCUACGCGCAGCUCCAGAGGCAGCUCGAUAACUGCCCCGAGUCAGUGCGGGAGCAGUUGCAGGAGCAGCUGAGAAGGGAGGCUGAGGCCCUGGAGACGGAGACGAAGCUCUUCGAGGACCUGGAGUUCCAGCGGCUGGAGCAGCAGAGCCGCGCGGAGGAGGAGCGGGAGCUGGCCGGCCAGGGGCUGCUCCGGAGCCAGGCCGAGCUGCUGCGCAGCGUCGCGCGGAGGAAGGAGCGCCUGGCAGUGCUGGACAGUCAGGCCGGGCAGAUCCGGGCUCAGGCCGUGCAGGAGUCUGAGCACCUGGCCCGGGACAAGAAUGCCUCCCUGCAGCUGCUGCAGAAGGAGAAGGAGAAGCUGACGAUGUUGGAGAGAAGAUACCACUCACUCACGGGAGGCAGGCCUUUCCCGAAGACCCCGUCGACCCUCAAAGAGGUGUUCCGCUCCAAGAUGGAUGGGGAAGCCCCCAGCCCCCCUGCCCACACCUGCGGCCCCCUGCCCUCCUCCUCGGGCUCCUCCUCCUCCUCCUCUCAGCUCAGCGUGGCUGCCUUGGGCCGCAGCCCUUCCCCAAAGAGCGCGCCCCUCGCCCAGAACGGCCCGGGCAGCCUCCCCCGCACCCUGGCGGCCACGCUGCAGGACAUCGAGACCAAGCGCCAGCUGGCCCUGCAGCAGAAGGGGCAGCAGGUGAUUGAGGAGCAGCGGCGGAGACUGGCCGAGCUGAAACAGAGAGCGGCGGCUGAGGCUCAGUGCCAGUGGGAUGCCCUGCACGGGGCACCCCCCUUCCUGGCAGGCCCCUCGGGCUUCCCCCCCCUCAUGCACUCUAUCCUGCACCACCUGCCGGCGGGGCGGGAGCGCGGGGAGGAGGGCGAGCACGCCUACGACACGCUGAGCCUGGAGAGCUCGGACAGCAUGGAGACCAGCGUCUCCGCGGGCGGCAACUCCGCCUGCUCCCCGGACAACAUGUCCAGUGUGAGCAGCCGGGAGGUGGGGAAGCUCGAGGAGAUGGAGAAGAUGCUGAAGGAAGCUCAUGCGGAGAAGAGCCGCCUCAUGGAGUCCAGGGAGCAGGAGCUGGGGCUGCGGCGGCAGGCCCUGGAGGAGGAGCGGCAGCGGCGGGAGCACGUGGAGCGGAGGCUGCAGAGCGAGAGCAGCCGGAGGCAGCAGCUGGUGGAGAAGGAGGUCAAGCUGCGGGAGAAGCAGUUCACUCAGGCGCGACCCCUGACCCGCUACCUGCCCAUCCGGAAGGAGGACUUUGACUUGAAGACCCACAUCGAGUCCUCGGGCCACGGCGUUGACACCUGUCUGCAUGUGGUGCUCAGCAGCAAGGUCUGUCGUGGCUACUUGGUCAAGAUGGGCGGCAAGAUCAAGUCGUGGAAGAAGCGCUGGUUCGUCUUCGACCGGCUCAAGCGCACCCUCUCCUAUUAUGUGGACAAGCAUGAGACGAAACUGAAGGGGGUGAUCUACUUCCAGGCCAUCGAGGAGGUGUACUACGACCACCUGCGCAGCGCGGCCAAGAGCCCGAACCCGGCCCUCACCUUCUGUGUGAAGACGCACGACCGGCUGUACUACAUGGUGGCCCCGUCGGCAGAGGCCAUGCGCAUCUGGAUGGACGUCAUUGUCACCGGGGCCGAGGGCUACACUCAGUUCAUGAACUGACG